UCUCUUUAGCUAGCUAAAGAAAGAGAGAGAGAGAGGGAGUAGAGAGAGAUGGGACGGGCUCCAUGUUGUGAUAAGGCUAAUGUGAAGAAGGGACCUUGGUCUCCUGAGGAGGAUGCGAAGCUAAAGGCUUAUAUUGAGGAGCAUGGGACUGGUGGCAACUGGAUUGCACUGCCUCAAAAGAUUGGUCUGAAGAGAUGUGGGAAGAGUUGCAGGCUGAGGUGGCUUAAUUAUCUGAGGCCAAACAUCAAACACGGUGGGUUCUCGGAGCAAGAAGAUCAAAUCAUCUGUAGCCUCUAUAUUAGUAUUGGGAGCAGGUGGUCAAUAAUUGCAGCCCAAUUGCCAGGGAGAACAGAUAAUGACAUCAAGAACUACUGGAACACUAGGCUGAAGAAGAAACUCCUCGGAAAGCGAAGGGAUUCGCCGCCGUCUCGCCGCCUCUCUAUUAACCAAGAUACAAAUGAGGAAACCAAUAGGAUUAGCCCUGACACAUCUUCUCAAGCUUUGAGCACAUCGGCUCUUGAAAGGAUGCAACUCCACAUGCAGCUCCAAGGUCUCUACAAUCCCUUCUCUUUCUAUAACAACCCUGCACUGUGGCCCAAAUUCCAUCCCUUGCGAGAUAAGGUCUUCCCUAUCCAACAAACUGAUGCCAAUACUAUUGCUGCCACCCCGGUGCAACAAGCCUCCGAUGCCACCAUGAUUGAGCCCUCUGGUCAAAACUUGUUACCGGUCAAACCCAACAUGCCGAAUCCCAUGAAUGCUUAUAUGCAUGAAGAUCUGAACCGCUCUACGUUAGGGUUCCCUUCGCCUUCAAGCUCUCGUACUCUCAGCAUGGACAAUUCCAACCCAAACUUCAAUGCAGCUGCUGUGGGACUUCAAGACGAGCUCCAUGAUUUGCUUUAUGGGAAGAACGAGUGUUUCGGCAGGCAGGAAGAGCAACAACAAACUGCGCUGGACUGUUUCAAAGAUAUGAACGGUGACAAGGAGAGCAUGAAUUGGUGGGCAACCAAUGGUUUUGACGACAAGUCAUUAGCGGGGACCUGGGACUUUGCUUCCAAUCUCCAGCCUGAUUUGCUUCAGGAAUAUGGGUUAGGGUAUGAUCUAUAGCUUUUGUUUGAGCCGAGCUUUAAUUAGGAGUCUGGUCUUAGUGAUUAAUUCUGCAUGAAGAGUCCAAAGACUAAUGGUGUAAAUGUGUGAAUAAUAGUGUAUUGAUUGGUCUUCUUGCUAUAAGACGAUCAUCUAGUUUUAAGAAUUUCUUUUCA